AUGACACUAAGCAGGUUUUGGACCGAUCUGCGUGUUCACGAGUCUCCUGCGCUUAUAAAAGCUCUGGAGCUUGGACCAGUUGAACUCUAUCCAGUUUGGUGUUGGGAUCCGUAUUACAUCUAUAAUACACCAGUAGGCCCAAACAGAUGGCAAUUCUUAUUAUCAAUGACCGUUCAAAAUUAUUCGUCAUUAGAGGUGAACCCUUGA